GAGGCAAGCGCGGGCACAACAACAGUGCUACUUCUUUCAUUACAUCUUAAAAUCUUAGGGUUCUUAUUCUCAGCACAAUCUUCAUUUUUCCCUUCCCUCCUUUAUUUCUUACUUUCCACUCUUUCAAUUGCAAAAGACUGUGAUUGUGAUUGUAUUUGUUGGGACUGCAUAGAGAAGGGUUAGGGUUGAAAGAAAGAGAGUGUGGAUGGGGAAAGAGGAGGAAGAGAUGAGGGGUGAGAUUGAGGAGCGGCUGAUAAACGAGGAGUACAAGAUAUGGAAGAAGAAUAGUCCUUUUCUGUAUGAUCUGGUGAUUACGCAUGCCCUUGAGUGGCCUUCCCUCACCGUGGAGUGGCUUCCCGACCGCCAUGAACCACCCGGCAAAGACUAUUCGCUGCAGAAGGUUAUAUUGGGCACCCACACCUCUGAGAAUGAGCCCAAUUACCUAAUGUUGGCCCAGGUCCAACUUCCCCUUGACGAUGCUGAGAACGAUGCCCGCCACUACGACGACGACCGCCCUGACAUCGGUGGCUUUGGCUGUGCCAAUGGCAAGGUUCAGAUCAUCCAGCAGAUCAACCAUGAGGGUGAGGUUAACAGGGCUCGCUACAUGCCCCAGAACCCCUUCAUCAUUGCCACCAAGACUGUUAGUGCUGAAGUUUAUGUCUUUGACUACAGCAAGCACCCCUCCAAGCCCCCUCUUGAUGGGGCAUGCAACCCUGAUUUGAGGCUCAGGGGUCACAACACUGAGGGUUAUGGCUUGUCCUGGAGUAAGUUCAAGCAGGGGCACUUGCUUAGUGGUUCUGAUGAUGCUCAGAUUUGUUUGUGGGAUAUUAAUGCCACUCCCAAGAAUAAGACCCUCGAGGCAAUGCAGAUAUUUAAGGUACAUGAAGGUGUUGUGGAAGAUGUGGCUUGGCAUUUGAGGCAUGAGUACUUAUUCGGUUCUGUGGGUGAUGAUCAAUACUUGCUUAUAUGGGACCUUCGAACGCCGGCUGUCAGCAAGCCUGUCCAAUCUGUGGUUGCCCAUCAAAGUGAGGUUAACUGCUUGGCCUUCAAUCCCUUUAACGAAUGGGUUGUUGCUACUGGUUCUACGGAUAAAACUGUGAAGUUGUUUGAUCUGCGGAAGAUCAGCGCUCCUCUGCACAUCUUCGAUUCUCACAAGGAGGAGGUUUUCCAGGUUGGAUGGAAUCCAAAGAAUGAAACUAUCUUGGCUUCUUGUUGUCUGGGUAGGAGGCUCAUGGUGUGGGAUCUUAGCAGGAUUGACGAAGAGCAGUCACCAGAAGACGCGGAAGAUGGUCCACCAGAAUUGCUCUUUAUUCAUGGUGGUCAUACAAGUAAAAUAUCUGAUUUUUCCUGGAAUCCAUGUGAAGAUUGGGUUGUUGCUAGUGUCGCUGAAGACAACAUACUUCAAAUAUGGCAGAUGGCAGAGAACAUAUACCACGACGAAGAUGAUCUGCCAGAAGAGUCAACGAAAGCUGCAGCUUCGUAAUGUAAUUGAUGAACAUGACAUUUAGCAUUUAGUGUAGUGUUGAAUACAGGCUGAGUGUUGUGCUGUUACUUCGUUCUUCACCUUAGUUGUAGCUGUGUUUUUUGUAAGGUGUGAACUAUAUAUGAUUUCCUUCACCAGUAGCAUGGUGAACAACCAAGACCUAGGUGUAAUUUUCGAUGGUAAAGGUUUCCCAUUUAUGUUUACGAAA